AUGGCAUGCGAUCAGAAAGCUGCCAGUCGAGCUGUCGCGAGGAUCAUUCCAGCUUUCCUAGGUGGGCUUAUUGUCUAUGGCUGCUAUUCUAUUACAAAGGCCUUAUGCAUUACAUUCUACGUCCUUCUCGUAUUCUUGGUUACGACAUACCUUCGAUUGCUUAUCACAGUUAUAUUUUUCCCCGGCUACCUUCCGAGAGGGCCACAAUGGUCAGGCUCAAACAGGCAAAAGAAGAAUGAAGGAGGGAAGGGACACAACCGCCCUGGUAGCAUCGAUCAGGAGAAGCCAGAAGCUAUACCAUAUGCGACACUGGGUAAGCAUAACGCAAAUGACGAAAAGAACGUUUAUCCUUUUGAUGCUACUGGCUUGGAGGCAUUUUACAUGAAAGACAUCUUCGUCUGCCAGCUAGACGGCAAGCCACCAUGGUGCUCCACUUGCUGCCAAUUCAAAACCGACCGGUCACAUCAUUGCAGUGAAGUCAACAGAUGUGUGAGGAAAAUGGACCACUUCUGCCCCUGGGUGGGCGGUGUGGUCAGUGAGACUUCAUUCAAGUUUUUCAUUCAGUUUCUAUUUUAUGCGAUGCUGUUUGUUACCUUCAACGGGGUUGUAAUGGCUGUUUUUGUUGCUGAACAGAGAAAUAUGGUAAAUAUAUACACCUUUGACUUUUACCAUGUGGCUUAUAGGGACUAA